GCUUACCAACAACAGCGCUAGUAUGUCGGGCUUGUCUUCAGAGGAAGACGAUCACAUUUCGCCAAAAAGACAAAAACUAACCAAAUCUGAGGACACUCUAGCUAAGUUAAGCCACAUCGACUGGAAAAAGUUGAAGCAAAAAAAGAGAGAAGAGAAGCGAAAAUGGAAAGAGCAAAAGUUGCUGAGGAAGUUGGAGAGAGCAAAGCAACAGGAAGUUGAAGAAUCUUCCAAGAAAGAGCAAGAAGAGGAGAAGGAAAGGUUGAAAAAAGUUUUUGGUAGAAGUUACAGUCUGUCCAUAGCCUUACCUGGCUCUAUCCUCGAUAAUGCACAGUCACCGGAACUCAGAACUUACCUGGCUGGACAGAUAGCAAGGGCUGCUGCUGUUUUCAACGUGGACGAAAUUAUUAUUUUUGAUGAGACGGGCAGCAUAAACAGGAGCACUGAGGGAGAAUUUCACGGGGUGGGCAAAAAGGGCAAUGCCAAUGUACAGAUUGCCAGGAUUUUACAGUACUUGGAAUGCCCACAGUAUCUGAGAAAGUGUCUCUUCCCACAACACAAAGACUUACAGUAUGCAGGUGUAUUGAAUCCUUUAGACACGCCUCACCACAUGAAAGCGAGUGACACCUGUGAGUACAGGGAAGGGGUUGUGCUGGACAAGCCUUGCAAACCUGGUAAAGGCUCCUAUGUAAAUGUGGGUUUGUUGAAGGAGGUACAGUUAGACAAACAGUUACAGCCUGGAUUACGUGUUACAGUUAAGCUGAAUAGCUCUAGUCCUAAUAAAAAAUUGCUGAAAGGGCAGGCAGUACCCCCUUCUGAACCCUCCAUGUAUGCGGGGCUCUAUUGGGGGUACUCUGUGCGUCUGGCUCGCAGUCUGGGGGCAGUGUUUACAGAAUGUCCAUACAAAGAUGGCUAUGAUUUGACAAUAGGGACAUCUGAUAAAGGUGAAAAUGUGGACGAAUUUGUCAUGUCAGACUUCAGCCAUGGCUUGGUCGUCUUUGGCGGGCUGAAGGGGUUAGAGGCUAGCUUAGAAGCAGAUGAGGCUCUCGAUGUGGAGGACCCAAGUUUAUUGUUUCAUCAUUACCUGAACACCUGUCCUAAACAGGGGAGUGGGACAAUACGAACUGAGGAAGCCAUUUUAAUAACAAUGUCUGCUUUGAGACCAAAACUACCACAGCCACAGAAGAGCUCCCCAAGCUGAUGAAUCAUACACCAGAUGCCAUGAGCUGGACAUCUUUUCUGUUACAUAUAUCUGACAUUACAACUGUAUCUAGAGAAAUAUUGUAAUUGGUAUGAAUAAAU